ACUGCUGCCUCGUCCAUGACCCAGGAUGUUUCCGACCCAGAUCAGCUAGCGGCAUCCCUUGAUAGCAGUGGAAUGGCCCAUUCUUCGUCCACCAGUAGUACUCGUCGUCCAAGCUCAACCAAAGAAAGAUCUACCAAUGACACAAACAGAGCCUCCAAGAGCAACAAAAAGAGACGAGCUAAAAGAGCUGAACGUGCUGGUGCCCAACACAUCCGGAACUCGACAACCAACGAACCCAUGCCAGAUCUGGUUCCACCGGGAAUGAUUGUGGGUCAGUCUCCCGCAGAGGCACGAAAGGGCCUAUCGAGAAUGACUCCACAACGGCAAGCAUUUCCCCACGAAAAGUUUGGCAAUAGAACAAUAGCAUCAGCACCAACAGCGGCAGCAGGAGCAAGAAACAGAAACAACAGUGAGAACGACGAAGCGAAUGUCAGUAUGGUACCUGUAAGCAACAACGACUACCGGUACUUUGACGACGAGGACAUGAGCAGCCAGCAUCCCUUGCCGGCGCAAGAGCCUCCAGAUGAGUUGCUGAUGACGAUGCAACAGCAACCACAAGAUGUUCACCUGGUUGAAGCUAGUCUCGUCCCUGAUGAGGAAGAAGUCGACCGUGACAUGAUUCCUCAAGCUGAAAUUGUGCAACCAAAAGAAGGACUGGCAAAGUAUCUACCAGAAAGCAGGCGCAAAGCACGGUUGUGCUUUGGACUUUGUGCGCUCUUGACAAUCGUGAUAAUCACGACUAUCGUCGUGGGAGCCGUUUGUGGUACCGGCAAUUGUGGUGGUGGUGGUGGUGGUGGUAGCAGUGAUAUUGAUCCUACCCCCGCACCCACCAGCAGUGGGCCUGUGGAACUUGUGUCUCCAACCGUGGCAGUGCCAGUUUUGGGAAGAGUCGAGCGGUGGCUCAAUCCAUCAAUUGAUGAGUGCGUGUGGACGCCGGAGCUGCAACCAGCAGGUAGAUUUGAUAGUGUUCACCAGAUUGAGUGUUAUGACAAGGGAGCAGAGCGUGGGCGGGUCCAGUCCUUGAAACUGGUGGUAUUUCGAUUGCCAUUACAAGGCGGCAUUCCACCCGAAGUGGAAUUGCUUGCCUCAAUGGAAACCUUCGAAAUCCAAGAAUCACAGUGGAGCGGACAGCUGGAAGAUGUCCUGCCGUACCAGCUGGGGUACAUGCCAAUGCUCAAGUCCUUCUCGGUCAUCUACAACCAACUGUCAGGCACGCUUCCCCCUUCCAUCUUGGGUGGAAUGACAUCAUUGACAGGCUUGUACCUUGGUGUCAAUUCUUUCACGGGCAAGCUACCAACAGAGAUAGGAAGACUCACCAGGCUGACUAUCCUCGAUGCGGAUAGAAAUCAGUUAACGGGUCCUGUAUUUUCAGACAUUGGCCUUUUGCUCGAGUUGACACGUGUUGACAUUGACGGAAACAUGUUCAGUGGACGCCUUCCAAGUGAGCUUUUCAGUUUGGCUGCCUUGACAUCUCUGGAGCUUGGAGAAAAUCUCCUUACAGGAACUGUUGGAAGUGAACUAGGCCUUCUCACUAAUCUCGAUUGGCUGGGAUUUUCGGGAAACCAACUCCGUGUGCUGCCCAGCGAACUUGGACUUUUGACAAUGCUCACAGACCUCGAAUGCAGUUACAACUUCUUUGGUAAUGUUAUACCGACUGAAUUGGCCAUGCUUACGCUGCUCACAUAUUUGGAUCUGUAUGAGACCGCAUUGAUCGGGUCAAUCCCUUCGGAGUUUGGCUUGAUGAUGCAGUUGACUCGCUUGGAUUUCGAAGGAAACCUGUUGACGGGCCCUGUUCCAUCGGUCAUUGGUGCCUUGACAGAGCUUACCCAUCUGCAGUUGAACACCAAUCAGUUGUCCAAUCGUCUUCCAACUACUUUUGGCUUCUUGACCAAACUGAAGUACAUGAAUUUUGACAAUAAUCAACUGUCGAGCCGUAUUCCAUCCACCAUUGGCUUCCUCACGAACUUGGAAUCCUUGAUUCUUUCCCAGAACAAUUUGACCGGGCCUAUACCAACAGAGUUGCAAAUGCUCACAAACUUGUUGGAGCUGACUCUGAGUCACAAUCGUCUCUCCAGUACCAUUGGACCAUUGGGAUCACUCUCAGCUCUCGAGAAUUUGGAUUGUACAGAAAACCUCUUUGUGGGCCCUAUUCCAGCUGACAUUGGUGCCUUGACUGCUUUGACAAACCUGAGAAUACACAAUAAUGCACUGUCGAGCCGUAUUCCGUCUACCGUUGGCUUGCUGACGAACCUGGAAUACUUGAUUCUUUCCCAAAACAGUUUGACGGGGCCUAUCCCAACAGAGCUGCAGAUGCUCGUCAGCCUUUCGGACCUCAUUCUUGGGUCCAACAGGCUUUCAGGUACAAUUGCACCUGAGCUAGGAUUGCUUUGGACAGUGUCCAAUAUGUGGCUCGAACUAAAUGAUUUGGUUGGAAGCGUGCCUGAAACUGUAUGUGCCUUAACCACCAAUGGGGAGUUGAGUAGUUUACAGGUGGACUGCUGGGAGGAAGUUGCUUGCCCAGAAGACUGCACGUGUUCAUGUUGGUAG